AUGUAUCAUGAAAUUUAUAAAAUGUUGACAUAUCCCUAUAAGCAUUUAAAAUAAUGUUCUAAAAUGAUGUUGAAGCUUAAAGUGUGCAUUUUUAGCUCUCUAAGAAUAUAAUUGAUGGAAUAAAUUACUCUAUUGAAUGAGAAUUCAAUAUAUUAUCAUUUCUAGGAAUUAUAGAUUUAUUUAAAUUAAGAAUAGUGUGCAGAUAUUUUAAAACAAUGUAAUAAUUUUGUAAUGGAUUUUAUAAAAAACUGGUAUAUUUCUUCUAGAAAAAACAUUAUAUAGUAUGAAUUAGCUAAAGAUUUAGCUAACAAAAAUGAAAAUUUAAAGUAUUUUUAGACUGCAGCAUAAACGCUUAAAUAGAAAUUACGAGCUAAUAUUGAUAUUGUAUUGAACUUAAUUAAUUGGAAUAAUUUACAUGAAUAAAUAGAAACUGAUUAGAUUGAAAUUAAUGUUUAUAGACCGCUUAUUAUGAUGCUUAGAUUAUUUAAUAAAUAUUAAUAGGUUUGUUAUCAUUAUGAAAUUUUGGAUUAAUUUUGUAUUACUUAAUUAGCAAAGAAUGUUAAAUAGAAGACUCUUGAUUAUUUAAACAAGGAAUUAAUACCUUUAGGUUUUAAAUAAAUGAAACAACUUUAUUAAUAGGUAUUAUAAGCACCUGAAUUUUAUUUUAUAAAUGAAAUUCAUCCAGGAAAAAGCUUGAGUGAAUUACUUACAAUUCUAGUUCAAGCUCUAUAUUUUCAUGGAUGGAUGACUUAAGUAUUUACAAUCUACAAUGAAAUAUUAAAAAAGUUUAAGAAGUAAAAAUUUCAUAUACAAAAGAGAGAAUUAUAAAUCUUUGAUUAAAAACAAUAUAAUGACU